GAAUUGGAUACCAAUAUUGAACAUGACCAGCAAUUGACAUGACAAGGACCCUUUGAGUAGUUUCUUCGAAGUCCAAAAAAACUUUCCUGCCUCUUCAAUUACAGCGUCUUCAGGCAGUGAUAGGUGCUAGAUGAAUUGGUAUAAACACGCUGAGGUCGACCGCUCUACCCACUAGAAGAGCAUAUCACGAUAUCAACUGCGACAUCACAUUUCCUGUUUUUUAUGAAGACUUCAAAUAAUAACUAAAGAAGUUAAUCCUUUUUUACUCCAAAAAUAAGACAAAAUGGGCGUUCCACAAAGAGGAAAUAAGAAGAAGAAGCAGAAUAAGAAAGGGAGGACAUACAACGUGGUGCGAAAACAGCAUGGGGGGAAACCAAAAGACCACGAUCAGGUAUUUUUUUUUUCUCUUCUUCAUAAGUGAGUUUUUUUUUCGGAUAUUGACUAUGGCGAAUUAUGUUCUACUUCAUUGAACACUGUUCACGCGCACAUCAAAGUUUUUCUUAAAUACCACCAACAAGGACAAACAAUGUCAACAACCCUACUCCAUCUUAUCAGGUUCACGACAACUUGAAGGCUGAGAAUCGAACAAGGAUAGAGCAGGAAAAGAAGCAAGCAAGCGACGAAAACUUACCAGGUUUGGGAAGAUUUUAUUGCAUUUCCUGCGACGCACAUUUCGUGGAUGACAAGGCCAGGCAGGCACACUUCAAAUCUAAGGCGCAUAAGAGAAGACUAAAGGCAGUCUUAUCAGAUCCGCACACGCAUAAGGACGCAGAGGAGCUAGGAAAGCAUUAAUGAGGAGUCUACAGCCUGAAGUUCUAGAGGACUCUUCUUUCUUGCAGCUCAGAAUGAAAUCCAAUGCCUGCAUAAUAUAGUAACCAACUAAGGUACAAUUGUUUCGAUGUUUCGAGAUUGAGACCUACUUUUCCCUUAGACUAUAUUUUACCUGUUGUAGAACAAGAUACAAGGAGUCUACCUCAC